ACAUUUGAUGCGGGUACGGAAGAUUAAGAUGGCAUAUCUUCGUAGAACAGUUCGUCGAAUAUUUCUACUAUCAAAUUAUAAAUAGUACACGGCGCGUACUCGUCGUUUACGCGCGUUCGUAUCUACAAUUUUUACAAAACCCUUUUCCAAAAUCUAGACGAAAAAAAAUCGUAAUCGUCGCGUCGAGAGAAAAAAAAAUGCAUUUUUGAUCCGUUUAAUAUACCUAUAGUCUCGAUCGAAAUGUCGGAUAAACGAUGGUGGAGUAUACCGAGAAUGUUCGUGUUUCCUUUAUGGAAUAGUGGUACUAAUUCGGCUGUGGAAACUAAUCACGUGAAUAAAGUGAAUGGCGACGAACGCUGUUCACCUGGUUCGGAAAAACUCUCACUGUCACAUUCGCCGGCAGAAAGCUCGGACGAUGACGAAGACAUCGAGGAGUUUUUGGAAAAACAGCGCAACGCUCGACUCGGAUGCAAAGAUAAUAUUCAACAGGUAUCGGUGAAAUCGCGUAAAUACUCGACUCCUCAGGCAGAAGAGGAGAUUCCAGAAACCAAGAAAGUCCAUCGUAGAUCAAAACGUUUCAGUCGAAGUUCCUCGUCUAAGAGCAGCACAAGCACCAAGUAUUCCUCGGCUGGAAAGACUUCAGACGUCGAGAACGAGAAAAUCAUCAAAGAAACCAUCUACGAGGUAACCGGAUCAGCUCCUCCUAUAAGUUUUUCAUUUUUCCAAGAGAAUCCGCAAGCUGAAUCCGAAGGCUGUGUUCAAAUUAGCGAUACGAAUAACGACGAAACGUUCUAUAUAAAUGCAUCGUUGACAGACGAUCCGAUAAAUCAGAUCGAUCAACGAGACAAUCCGUCAAAUAACGUUAUUCCUAUCGAUGAACCUGGUAAUUGGCCAGAGUCGUCGAUACAACGGCGUGAAAUCGAGUCACCCGAACAUCUGAGCGCCACCGCCAGCGCCAGCGGUUCUUCCAGCAAAGAAAGACAUGUUACUAAAUUAACAAUCUUAUUAAGCCCUGCUCGGAACGCGGAUCCGGUCGAAAAUGGCGAAGAAAUACGUUCAGAAUGCGGAAACGACGACGAUACGCCGGAUUGUUUGUAUUCGGUAAUCGAUAAGAACACCAAGAGCCGGGUGUCCGCGUCGUCACCGGAACCAGAGAUGUUUCUCGAAGACCCUUUGAACAAUCCGGAUUACGCCGAACUCAGCGAAUUUCACUCCAAACCUCCAGCUGAUGAGGUAACCAGCAUGGAGUAUUGUCAGCACAGAGCCAAGUUUAAAACACGUUUUCGAAAGCUCAGUCUGAGACGUAAACGACGAACAUCGACUCAGCCAACUUUGAAGAAAAUGAAUCUCAAUAUCAACCGAGCCUGGAAAUCGAUUCGAGGCUGGUGGCACGAAGAAAAAUCCAAACUCGGCCACAUUCGUUCCAGAAGUUUUGGCAGAGAUGAUCCCAAAAGUGGCAGCAGUAUUAGUUCGUGCAGUGAUAAAUCAUUCUACGCGUCUAUUCGGCACCUAGAUCUUCCGGAAGAGAAACAUUUCACCCCUAAUCAACUGGAUGAAGACGGAUAUUGCACACUGGAGCUCAAAACAGACCGAGAUCUCGCUUCGGAGACUGAUAAAAUGGUAGAUUCCGAUCAUAGACCAGACUGCGACGCUAUAUCCGAAUUUAGCCCAGUUCGAAGGCGUAGCAAAGCCCCUCUUCCGCCACCUCUACGAAUGUCCACAGUGAACGCAUUCCGAAAAAGCAGAUACACCGUUCAAGGUCAAGAUGGCUUCGAAGAGCUACGACGGUAUAUCAAACAAGGAGGCGAUUUUUGCAAAGAAUUGAGCGUCAUUUUACAAGAAAGAUCAGAAGCCGAAAUCCAGUACGCGAAGACUUUAUCGAAACUCUCAAAUAAAUUAUUAAAAGUAUCCAAAGAAGCGGUUGGAACGGUCAGCCAGGCUUGGCAUAAGGCUGGAAUUGAAUUAGAAACCACCAGUGAAAUUCACAAGACUUUUGCUACUGCCCUUUGCGAAGAAGUUGUGAAACCAUUAAAACAACUAUUAGAGUCUCAACAUAGGAUACGAAAAUCAGUGGAAAAUGCGGUAGAUAAAACAGGUAAAAACCUAAGCGAAUGGCGUGCAGCCGAAAGCAAGAGUAAAAAACAAAGCUUCGUGAGCGCCCGAGAAAACGAAAAACUUCAAGAUGUAACCUUAGACGUAAGACUGAGCGGAGGCCUGACUGGAUCCAAUAAACUGACUGCUAGUUCAUUACAUCUACACCAAAAACAAGGCUCCGACAAAGAAUCUUCCAAGUUGGAAAGUAAACGUAAGAAAGCCGAAGAAUUGGUGAAAAAAUCAGACGUCGAAUAUUACACGUAUUGUAUACGAGCAGAACGAGCAAGAUUAGAAUGGGAGACUGCGGUUAUCCGAGGAAGCCAAUGCUUCCAGGCUCUAGAAGAAGAACGUCUGCAACAAUUAAAACAUUUAGCUUUCGUGUAUUGGCAACAUUGUCGAGAUGUGGGGCCAAAAUUAACGCAGAGUGCUUUGAGACUGAAAGAUCCGAUCGAAAAUUGUGACGUAGCCAACGAUAUAAAAACCAUUGCUACCACAAAAGGCAUAGAACAACCGGUAUCCGAACAACUGCUACCGGAUUUUUACGCUGAACAUACUACAUUAGCUAUGAACAAAGAACGAAGAAGACAGGCUCUAGUUAAAGUACUUCAAUUAGUAGUUCAAGAUUUAGAACGAGAAAGGCGAGGAAAGAAUGGAGUAGAAAAUUUAGCUCGAGCUUUCAAACAAAGUCCAAACUUUGGCAAUGAUGAUUCGCAGCAAAAUGUUUCCGAGAAAUUACACCAUAUGAGAUUCAUGCUAACCUACCUAGAAGCAGCCAGAUACAAGGUUUCUUGCGCUUUGGCCGAACUAGAUGGUAAACCAAAACCUAGUCAUCCUUUAGCAACUCAUAUACAUGUGAUACGUGAUAGACAAGGAUUCCAACAAAGCAUAUUAAAAGUACCACCUUGGGUCCAAAAAGACGCGAACGAGCAACCAGAACAAGUCGAAUCUCCCGACUGGACUGAUCGAGGUACUGCCGAUGGAAAUUCAGUACAACCGGAUAGUGAUUUUGAUGAAUUCUCCAGCCAAGGCAGCAGCGAGAAAGACUUCGAAAGCAAUGUAUUCACAGUGCUUCCAGAUUCCACAGUCAGUACUCCAACUCCAUCAGCAGGUGGUCGCUGCAAAGCUCUGUAUCACUAUACAGCUAACUUAUACGACGAAUUAAACUUACAACCAGGCGAUGUAAUAAAUAUCCACGAUAAACAACCCGAUGGUUGGUGGCUAGGCGAGCUUAACGGUAUAGUAGGUAUUUUCCCGGCCACAUAUGUCGAAGAAAUCAGUUGAUCUGAUCGGUUUGAUAAUCAAAAUGCCAUAUCCAUGCAUUUUUUUCACACACGAGUCAUCGGUUGCGAAAAAUUUCAAUACUUUUAAGAGUUAAUUACAAUUUACAACUAGCAAAGGUGAAAAAACAAUGCAUACAAAACAUACCUAAAGUAUGCAAUUCAAUGUAUUGCAGUUUGAAGUUCACCUAAUUAACGAGUUAUUCGAACUAUGUUAUAAAUAAUAUUAUGACAUUUCGUUAUUGUAUACUGUACAUAAGAGAGAUAGAAUUCGUAUAUGUGAAUAAUAUUGUUGAUUUAUUUGAUAUAAGGAUAUACUUUUUUUUUUACCUCGUUUAAUAUUUACAUAAAAAUGUAACUAAACGUAAUUACGUGUUGCAGAGAACCAAAGAUAAGUUACAAAAAUUUUUACAAAUUGCGUUACGUUUUUCUUUUGUUUUGUUAUACAACAUUAUACCUUACGAAUUACGUUACAAUUGAGUUAUGUAUACGAAAAAAGAAAAAAAAACGAAAAAAAAAAGAAUCUUUUUAAUAAUUAAAAAAUUUUCUAUUCUUUUUACA